AUGCCACCACCAAAAACCACCCACUCAAUUCCCCCAUCCCUCCCACUCACCUUAAUCGUCGCGACAACCCCAAUCCGCGUCGCGUCUCCCGCAACACCAGACCAUGAAUCCACCCGCCUAGGCAUUGGCCUCAAGGGAACCCUCCCUUGGCCCCGCAUAAAGACCGACAUGAGCUUCUUCGCACGCGUAACAUCCCGCCCCCCAACACCCGACACCACAAAUGCGAUUAUAAUGGGCCGGAAAACUUACGACUCAGUGCCCAAGAGCCUACGCCCGCUCGCCAAGCGCAUUAGCGUGGUGAUUACGCGCGAUGCAUCUGGUUCUGUCCGUGAGGGUGUUUUACAGGAGCUCGAGGCGCGGAAGGCGAAGAUGGCUGCUAAGGCGGCGGAAUCUGCGGCUGCUGGUACUGCUUCAGCUCCGGCAGACGAGCCCAUUACGGAUGCGAUUGUGACGCCUAGUCUGGACGCUGCGCUUUCGGAGUUGGACUCUGUCUAUGGAUCUUCUGGGCGAUUGGGGAAGAUCUUUGUUAUUGGUGGUGCGGAGAUUUAUGGUGCUUCGUUAAGGAUGAACUUUGGGGCUUUGCCUAGGCCUGUCAGAGUUGUUAUGACUAAUGUUGUAAGGAAGCCUGAGGGCGGGGAUGAGGUUCCCUAUGAAUGUGAUACAUUUUGGCCGUUGGAUAGUAUGGAUCAGUCAAAUGGGUGGAGGAGUGCUAGUCCUGAGGAGUUGACGGAGUGGGUUGGGGAGGAGGUUACUGGGGAAUGGAAGAGGGAGGGAGAGGUUGAGGUUCAGAUGGUUGGGUUUGAGAAGUUGGAUUGA